GUGCCGGCCGGCCCAAAGCGCGGUGCCAGCUGUCCGGGACAGGGAUGGAGCCCCCGCCCCCUCUCCCGACCCUGAUCCGCAAGAAGCGGGACGGGGAGCGGCUGGAGGACGCCGAGAUCCGGAGCUUCGUGCGCGGCGUCACCGAGGGCACGGCGCAGCAGGGACAGAUCGGGGCCAUGCUGAUGGCCAUCCGGCUGCGGGGCAUGGACGCGGGUGAGACCCUGGCCCUGACCCAGGCCAUGGCCAGCUCUGGCCGGACGCUGGCCUGGCCGCCCGCCUGGCACGGGCUGGUGGUGGACAAGCACUCAACCGGGGGCGUUGGGGACAAGGUCAGCCUGGCCCUGGCCCCCGCGCUGGCCGCCUGCGGCUGCAAGGUGCCCAUGAUCAGCGGGCGCGGGCUGGGCCACACCGGGGGCACCCUGGACAAGCUGGAGGCCAUUCCCGGGUUCCGCGUGUCCCAGAGCCCCGAGGAGAUGCAGCACAUCCUGGCGCGGGUGGGCUGCUGCAUCGUGGGGCAGAGCGCGGAGCUGGUGCCCGCCGACCGGGUGCUCUACGGGCUGCGCGACGUCACGGCCACCGUGGACAGCCUGCCCCUCAUCACCGCCUCCAUCCUCAGCAAGAAGGCGGCGGAGCGGCUCUCGGCGCUGGUGCUCGAUGUGAAGUUCGGGGAGGCAGCUCUGUACCCCACCCAGGAGAGCGCGCGGGAGCUGGCGCGGAGCCUGGUGGAGGUGGGCGCGCAGCUGGGCACCCGCACCGCGGCGCUGCUGACCCGCAUGGAGCAGCCGCUGGGCCGCAACGUGGGCAACGCGCUCGAGGUGCUGGAGGCGCUCGAGUGCCUGCAGGGGGGCGGCCCCCCCGACCUGCGGCACCUGGUCACCGCCCUGGGCGGGGUGCUGCUCUGGCAGUGCGGGAUGGCCGCGGGGGCCGAGCAGGGCCGUGAGCGCCUGGCCCGGGCUCUGGACGAUGGCUCGGCCCUGGGCACGUUCGAGGCCAUGCUGGGGGCACAGGGGGUGCCCCCUGACACCGCCCGGACCCUGUGCGCCGGGACCCCCGCCCAGCGCCGCCAGCUCCUGGGCCAGGCCAAGGUGUGCGAGGAGCUGCCCGCGCCGCAGGAAGGCUGGGUGCAGCAGGUGCGGGCGCUGCCCCUGGCGCGGGUCCUGCACCGCCUGGGCGCGGGCCGGGCGCGGGCCGGGGACCCCGUGAACCCCCGCGUGGGCGCCGAGCUGCUGGUGGGCACCGGGCAGCGCCUGCGGGCAGGCGAGCCCUGGCUGCGGGUGCACCAUGAGGGGACGCUGGGCGCCGAGGGCCGGCGGGAGCUGCAGGACGCGCUGCGCCUGGGCCCGGAGCCCCCGCGGGACCCGCCGCCGCUGGUGGCCGAGACCAUCGUGCCGUCGGGAGCCGUCCCCGCGCCGCGCCGGGGCUCACCGCAGUGA